AUGAAAUACAUUCUUGUUACCGGCGGUGUUAUUAGCGGUAUUGGAAAAGGAAUUAUUUCUUCAAGUAUUGGUACCAUACUUCGGUCAUAUGGAUUUCGCGUGACAUCAAUCAAAAUCGAUCCAUAUAUUAAUAUCGAUGCAGGUACAUUUUCACCAUAUGAACAUGGAGAAGUAUUUGUACUAGACGACGGUGGUGAGGUCGAUUUAGAUUUGGGUAAUUACGAACGAUUUCUUGAUAUAACAUUACAUCGUGAUAAUAAUAUAACAGCUGGUAAAAUCUAUCGAUCUGUGAUUGAUAAAGAACGUCGUGGAGAUUACCUCGGAAAAACUGUACAAGUGGUACCACAUAUUACCGAUGCUAUUCAAGAAUGGGUUGAACGUGUUGCCUGUAUAUCUGUUGAUGACGAUAAAACUACACCAGAUAUAUGUAUUGUUGAACUUGGCGGCACGAUCGGUGAUAUUGAAAGUAUGCCAUUUGUCGAAGCUUUUCGACAAUUUCAAUUUCGUGUGAAAAGAGAUAACUUUUGUCUUGUUCACGUCAGUCUUGUUCCACAGCCCAAUGCAACGAAAGAACAUAAAACAAAACCAACGCAACAUAGUGUAAAAGAACUUCGCGGUCAUGGUCUAUCGCCAGAUCUUAUUAUUUGUCGAUGUGAAACACAGAUGCCACUAGCAGCGAAAGAAAAAGUUGCCAUGUUUUGUCAAGUGGAAAAAGAACAUGUUAUUUGCAUACCUGAUGUCAACACACUCUAUCGUGUUCCUGUACUACUUCAGGAAACUGGUGUUUUCAAUUUUUUAUCAACACGUCUUGGUCUAACAUUAAAAUGUAAUUAUGAUCAAUCCAUGAUGAUCAAAUGGCGUGAGCUAAUUGAAAGAAGCGAACGACAAUUGGAAGAAGUAGUCAUUGCACUUGUUGGAAAAUAUACAGCUUUAGAAGAUGCUUAUGCAUCAGUACUUAAGGCGCUGAAUCAUGCUGCACUUUUCUGUAAUCGAAAAUUGAAUAUACGAUUUGUUCAUGCAAGUGAUUUAGAAGCAAAUAGAAAAAAAGAAGAUCCAGUAAAAUAUCAUGAAGCGUGGCAACAGCUUUGUAGUGCACAUGGGGUAAUCGUACCAGGUGGAUUCGGUUCACGUGGCGUAGAAGGUAAAAUUGCUGCUAUAGAAUGGGCACGAACACAAUCGAAACCUUUUCUUGGCAUUUGCCUCGGUUUACAAUGUGCUGUUAUUGAAUUUGCAAGACAUGUUUUACAGUAUAAAGGUGCUAAUUCAUCAGAAUUCGAUAAAGUUGAACAUCAAGUGGUUAUUGAAAUGCCAGAACAUAAUACAGGAACUAUGGGAGGUACGAUGAGAUUGGGACGUCGAACAACUCAUUUUGUAACAGAUGAUAGUAUUCUUAAAAAACUCUAUGGGAAUGUUGAUACUAUCGAUGAACGCCAUCGUCAUCGAUAUGAAGUGAAUCCGAAAUAUGUUGAAGAAUUUGAAAAAGCCGGAAUGAAAUUUGUUGGACACAGUGAUGAUAAUCAACGCAUGGAAAUACUUGAACUUGACAAUCAUCCAUAUUUUGUUGCUGUUCAAUAUCAUCCAGAAUAUAUAUCACGUCCAUUGAAACCUACGGCUCCAUAUUUAGGGCUUAUUUGGGCUGCUUGUGGUGAAUUAAAAAAUGUAUUAACACAUGUUACAAAAGCACCCACAACGCCUGAUGUUGGAAACAAAUCUCAUGAUAUAUUUUCUCAUGUUACUUUAUUUCAACAUGCAUGA